UUUUCAUUUUUCUUUGCCGUGUAAAUACUUGUUGAAAAACAAAGAAGGCAUUCCGUGUUGAAUAUGGAUAUUUUGUUAUGUGAAAACAGCUCAAUUCAGUAUUUUCCUUUGUAAGAAAGCUUUUGUUGGUCAGCAGCUUGUUUGCUUGAGAAAAGAUUGCGUCAAUUGAGGUUUCCUUGACUAUUCAUAUAUGACCUGUUCUUCAUGAAAAUGAAGAGAAGCUCUCUCUCACACAUGACACUACACAUCAUCUAACUCUAAAAAGGACUUGUUGAUAUACUACCAAACACAGAAAACUUCAUAAAAUGCUUAUCAGGUUUGUUUUUUAACUUUGAUUUUGGUCGAUAAUCUCAAGUUAACUAUGGCGAAAAAUUACAUUCAGGAAGACUUAAUGUACCACCAUAGAUGAUAAUUACUUGAGUUUUGUUUUUUGUUAGUUGGUUCUAAUCAGGAUCAGGAUGCCAAUGAUUUAAGAACCAUAUGAAAAUUUAUGUUAAGAGACAAGUGAUCGAUUGUUUGGUGAAUUUGAAAUGGAGUGUCUUGACUUUAGAAAAAAGGAGGUCAAAGGAAAAUGUCUUUGACACCACUCCAAAGUUGUUCUAACCGCUGCUCCUAUUAAAAAAUAACUGCUGAAACCCAGUUUUGAAAUAGACAACUCCUGUCACCUAAUCAACCAACCUUUGCUUAUAUAUACCACUUGAGUCACAACCUUUUAGGAACACAGCCUCAGGAGCAAUAGAAAGUACUCUAACCUUCACCCAUUUUUGCUUGCAAUAUCUCUUGGUCUUCUCUGAAAGCAUAAAGAAGACAGACCAAAAAAAAAAAAAAAAGGGUGCUUCGCAUUUCCAAUCACCAGCAUUUAUGGAACUUAUUCUCUUCUCAUUUGUCACAUUAUGUCUCCUUCCUCAGCCUGCUCUUGCCAUGACCCGACACUACAAGUUUGAUAUCUUGUCGCAUAAUGUGACGCGGCUUUGCCACACCAAAAGCAUGGUGACUGUAAACGGGCAGUUUCCAGGUCCUCGGAUUGUAGCUAGGGAGGGUGAUCAACUCCUUAUCAGAGUGGUUAAUCAUGUUCGGAACAAUAUCUCCAUCCAUUGGCAUGGCAUUCGACAGCUUCGAAAUGGCUGGGCUGAUGGACCGGCAUAUAUAACUCAAUGCCCUAUCCAAACUGGGCAGAGCUAUGUAUACAACUACACCAUUAUUGGACAAAGAGGCACUCUCUGGUGGCAUGCUCACAUUUCAUGGCUAAGAUCAACCGUUUAUGGUCCUAUCAUUAUUCUUCCCAUGCGCGGAGUUCCUUACCCAUUUGAAAAACCUUAUAAAGAAGUCCCUAUCAUCUUUGGAGAGUGGUUCCAUGCAGAUACAGAGGCAAUCAUUAGUCAGGCACUCCACACUGGUGGAGGCCCAAAUGUCUCUGAUGCCUAUACCAUCAAUGGACUUCCAGGGCCAUUGUACAAUUGCUCUGCUAAAGACACAUUUAGGCUGAAGGUGAAGCCAGGGAAGACUUAUCUUCUUCGACUGAUCAACGCUGCACUCAACGACGAGCUUUUCUUCAGCAUAGCAAACCACACCCUAACAGUUGUUGAGGCUGAUGCUGUUUAUGUCAAACCUUUUGAAACUGAAAUUCUUCUCAUUGCUCCUGGACAGACCACAAAUGUUCUUCUUAAGACCAUUCAUCACUUCCCCAAUGCCACAUUUUUAAUGAAAGCAAGACCAUAUGUGACAGGACUUGGCACUUUUGACAAUUCAACUGUUGCUGGCAUUGUGGAAUAUGAAGCCCCCGCUCACACCCUUCACACAAGUUUCUCUAUCAAAGAACUUCCGCUCUUUAAGCCUGUUUUGCCUCCUCUAAAUGACACUUCCUUUGCUACAAACUUCACUAAUAGACUUCGUAGCUUAGGGAGUGCACAAUAUCCUGCCAAUGUGCCGCAAAAGGUAGAUAAACAGUUUUUCUUCACAGUAAGCCUUGGAACUAAUCCUUGCCCAAGUAACCAAACCUGCCAAGGACCUAAUGGAACAAUGUUUGCAGCUUCAGUUAACAAUAUUUCUUUUGCAAUGCCAAGAACAGCUCUGCUUCAAGCUCACCAUUUUGGGCUAUCUAAUGGUGUAUACUCCUCCAAUUUCCCUACUCGCCCUGUGCCAUUUAACUACACCGGAACGCCACCAAACAAUACAAUGGUGAGAAAUGGAACAAAGCUACUAGUGAUUCCUUUUAACACUAGUGUAGAGCUAAUUAUGCAGGACACCAGUAUGCUUGGUGCUGAGAGUCAUCCUCUUCAUUUGCACGGUUUCAAUUUCUUCGUCGUUGGUCAAGGUUUUGGGAAUUUUGAUCCUAAAAAGGACCCUGCAAACUUCAACCUUGUUGAUCCAGUAGAAAGGAACACUGUAGGUGUGCCUUCUGGUGGAUGGGUGGCCAUUCGGUUCCUCGCAGACAAUCCAGGGGUAUGGUUCAUGCAUUGCCAUCUUGAAGUCCACACUAGCUGGGGUUUGAAGAUGGCUUGGGUUGUCCUCGAUGGAAAGCGUCCCAAUCAGAAGUUGCUUUCACCACCAGCUGAUCUUCCCAAGUGUUGACACCUGAGCUACUUGUGUUGUUCACUCUGAUCAGAAUUGUUUUGUUUCAUUUCUUUGGAGAGAUGACAUUUUUUUUAAAAAAAUUUCUACCCAUCUUUAAGCAUUUGCUACCGGGUCACUGAUCUUUAAUAAUUGUUAUGUGAAGUUGAGGGAAGAAAAGGAGUUGAAGAGUUUUGUACCUUGUAUUUUAUUACAUUAAUAUCUUCCCAU